AUGUUGAAAACUUUCGCUUUCAUUUCGCUCUUCAGCGUUGGUACGCUCGCUCAUCCGUCAGGACUUUGGUGGGGUACCGACUUCUGUUAUCCAAGCCCUGAUAACACCGACAACUCUUGCUUGCCCUCUCAGAAGAAUGGUUUUGACUGGUCUGACCUCGCAGAUGGUGACAACUGGACCUUCGAGGGCUUCAACUUCGUUGGCUUCCAGCCCACUGAUGCCUGUGGAUCCUCCCAGGGUAAAUGUAUCCAGGGAAAGCUGUCUCGGGAUGACAACUAUGUGCUUCAGGUGGAUGCCGCAGACGCUCCUUUCUCAGUCCAGAAGUUCCACCUUUCUACUUCUCGCAAAACUGAUGUUCUGCUCAUUUAUGGCAUGGCAGACGGGUCUGUCUGCCAUCAGGUGGCAUUUGCCUCUCCCGAGGGAACAGAUGUCACCAACGACCAGUGUGGUGGUGCGACUUGGGUCAAGUUUGCCCUUCCAGAGCAGAGCAAGUUCGGUGAAUGUGAUUUGAACAUCCAUGAUAUCGACUUUGACUGCAACCCUGGACCCAAGCCACCAAUUACUCCUUCUCACUCUGUUCCCAUCCCUAGUCACACCGCCCAACCCAGUUUCUCUGAGCCUUCAAGCAGCUUCCAGGAGCCGAAGACCACCGUCCAGGAGCCGAAGACUACCGUCCAGGAGCCGAAGACCACCGUCCAGGAGCCGAAGACCACCGUCCAGGAACCGAAGACUACCUGGACUGAGAAGAUCCCCGUCAGCUCAACCCAUACGACGACUUCCUGCUCAUCCUCGAAAAUACCAGUCUUGACUACUUCUUGGUCACCAUCCUCGGAGCCUGUACACACCACUGUAAUCCCAGUCAGCACAUCUGCCGUGCCUUCUAGCCCGCCCCUUGUCCCUGCUCCUUGCCCCGAGAUUGUGCCAAAGUGCAUGAACACAUGGCUCUCUAUUCCAAACUGCAAGUCCAACAGCGACACCGCCUGUUUCUGUCCCUCAUCUGAGUAUGUCGCCAAGGUCGACUCUUGCAUUCACGCCUGGAGCACUUCCGACGAACAAGAGAAAUCGGCUCUCUCGUACUUCGCUGGAAUUUGCGCUCCCAAGAACCCUGCUGUCAUCAACAUCGUUCCAUCUGGGAAGCCUUCCAAGCCUUCUGUUCCUGAGCUUGUUCCCGAGCCCAGUCACACCCACUCGAUCACCAGCAAAGCUCCUCCUUGCACAACCAUGACCUGGUCCUCUCACACAGCGACAGUUCCUCUAGUCGGAUUCAGCACUGUGACAGGACCGUCCAGCACUACCGUGGCUCUUGUCGCAAUCACGCCUACUGCUACUCCAUCCCCAACAAGCCGGACUGCACACCCACUAUCGCCUGUGUCGAUGACUACGUCUUGCGGAACCCACACUUCAUCUUUCUCUACAGCCACUACCUCCAAGCCAAGCCCAACAGCCCCUCCUACUGAAAUCCCAACAUUUGCCCAUUCCAAUGCUGGUUCGAAGAACGUGCAGUCUGGUAUGUGGUCAUUUGGUGUGGCUCUUUUGGCUCUCUUUAUGUAUUAG